AGAAGUUGCAGACGUUGCCGUCAUCCGCGUGUGUGCCACACCGGAAAUUGGCUUCAAGACCUUGACGUCUUAUCAACGGCAUUGAGCAGCCUAUUCUCGACCGCUCGCCUUUGCUCACUUGGCUUUCUUCUCGCUCGCUAGCAUGACUGAGCUCAAGCCGUUGCAGCCGCAAGAGCCUGAGAAAUGCUCGGAUGCGACCAAGUCAUGGAAGUGCAAGUCCGAAAUCUGCACGGAGCAGGACCCGCGACUGCGCAAAAUGUGGUCCGAACCGACGUGGGCGGGCUUUCAACUGCGCUCUAAGACCUACUUGCAGAGCAAGAUGAAGGAGACCUCUGCUCCACCCUUGUUCGAGUUGCUGUGGUUCGAGGUUUUCAGUGGCACUCCCGAGGAGCUGCACCAUGUGAGCAAGUCCAAGAAGAGCUUUGCCAGUAGGGCGCUGGCCAAGUAUGGCAGCGACGUCCCGCCCCUGUUCGUCGUCACUCUGAUCGUACCGGGUACCCCCGUUGUAGCCGGGGUGCAGUACUUCGCAAGGACUCGGGAUGCCCCACAGUCCGAGGCUAAUGCACUGUGGCAACGGUUCCUUAAGAGUGAUGACGCAUUUCGGAAGGAGCGUCUGAAGCUCGUACCUACCGUUCACGACGGACCGUGGUUGGUGAGGAAGAGUGUGGGAGCCAAGCCACUUAUUAUUGCGAAGGCAUUGGAGACAUCGUUCUACCAGACGCCGGCGUACCUUGAAGUGGUGGUCGAUAUCUGCUCUGACCGAAUCGCCAAACACGUAACUGCACUCUGCCGCUCGCACUCGACUCGGCUUACGGUUGAUGUGGGUUACGUUAUCGAAGGUCGGGACGAAGCUGAACUACCGGAGGCGCUGCUGGGAUGCAUCCAGUACAACCACCUCGACUUAUCCAUUUCAAGCGCGAUCGCAGAUUAACAGCAAUCAAAUGCAGGUCUUGGUCAAAUCUACUCCUGAUGAAUAUUAUUGUAAAGAAACCUCCUUCAAAGGCGCAUCGACGUAGCCUUCCUCCAACUGCGUUGCAGUGGUAUGAUUGUCGGUGAACACUUUCGAAGCAUUUCAAUGCUACGGAUGAAAAGAUCCACUUCAACCAAAACCGAAAGGAGCAUAUUACCUGGUCAAUCUUAAUCUCUACUUGUCG